AUGUCCACAGAGAAAGCGAGUGAGAGUAGUCUGAUCCUGCCCACUACAAUCGAGGGUCAGAGAGCACCCUGGACGAUUACUCUUAUACCAUUGAUGCACUGGUGGGACGAACCAAGUGGUUUCAUUUUGGCUUUUAGUUGUCGAGAAAAUUUCUAUGUGGGUACAGAGGCAUCACUAACUCCCACUUUAGCCAAUGCGAAUCUCUCCAGAUUUCUCGCUUCAGUUGCCGUUUCCAGCAAGCUGCUCAAGUGUUCUGUGUGCCCGUAUUCUGCCGUGGACAGGUGGCAGCUCAACCGCCACUUCCGCACCCAUACGGGCGAGAGGCCUUUCCAAUGCAACCUCUGCAGUAAGCGGUUCAAGCAGCGCUCUCACCUCCAGACUCAUCUCAUCGUACACAGAGACAAACUGAACUUCUGA